AUGAUUGUACAAGAUAUAGCAGAUGUUCCAAUUCAAAAAGUAAAUACAGAUUCUAAGCGCCGACGACCCAAGGUAUUUCAGUGUUCUUUUGAUGGCUGUGGAAAGUCCUUUGAUUCACAGUGGGGGCUUACUCGCCAUAUUCGUACUCAUACAAAAGAGAAGCCGUUUAAGUGUAAUUACCCCGGCUGUGGGAAGAGUUUUUCCGAAAAAUGCGGCCUAAAGCGCCACGCGAGCAGCCAUGAUCACACCAAACCAUAUAAAUGCCCUCAUCCCGGUUGUGACAAAACAUUCAAGUCUCGGGACUAUUUAGACGCCCAUCGUCGUCUACAUGAGGAGGAGGAGCCCUAUAAAUGUAAGAUAAAUAAUUGUAAUCGCUGUUUCUCGUCAGUCAAAAGUCUUCGCAAGCAUCAAGCGGUCUGGCACAACAGCAAAGGAACCGAAUCUCAGGUGGAGCAGCAGCUUCGUGAGAAAUACCUGAAGGUUCUUCAGCGGAAUAAGGUGUUGCUUGUUUGUGUUUUGCGAAGUUUAGGAGCGAUUAGAGAAGAUGGAGAGCCAUUUGCACGCGGUUUUGGAGAGCAACAAAGCGUUGAAGCUGGAGAAUGCGCAGUAUCGAAAGGAUCAUAUGAUCAUUUUGGGUCGAAUUCCGAAGUCAAAGAAGGCUCUGUAUGA